UCGCCCACCCGAUCCGGCCCAAACCUCCAUCAGCCACCAGCAUCCCGGCCAUCCUGAAAGCCCUGCAGGAUGAGUGGGACGCUGUCAUGCUGCACAGCUUCACGCUGCGCCAGCAGCUGCAGACCACCCGCCAGGAGCUCUCCCACGCCCUCUACCAGCACGACGCUGCCUGCAGGGUCAUUGCUCGGCUCACCAAGGAGGUCACUGCUGCCAGAGAAGCUCUUGCCACCCUGAAGCCCCAGGCCGGGCUCAUCGUGCCCCAGGCUGUGCCCUCCUCCCAACCCAAUGUGGCGGGAGCUGGGGAGUCCAUGGAUCUGGGAGAGCUUGCAGGCAUGACCCCAGAGAUCAUCCAGAAGCUCCAAGACAAGGCUACCGUGCUGACCACCGAGCGGAAGAAGAGAGGGAAGACUGUCCCAGAAGAGCUGGUGAAGCCAGAGGAGCUCAGCAAGUACCGGCAGGUUGCUUCACACGUGGGGCUGCACAGUGCCAGCAUCCCAGGAAUCCUGGCCUUGGAUCUCUGUCCUUCCGACACCAACAAGAUCCUCACUGGGGGGGCUGAUAAAAACGUCAUUGUCUUUGACAAGAGCUCGGAGCAGAUCCUGGCCACCCUCAAGGGACACUCCAAGAAGGUCACCAGUGUCGUGUUCCACCCAUCCCAGGAGCUGGUGUUCUCAGCUUCUCCUGAUGCCACCAUCCGCAUCUGGUCCGUUCCCAACGCCUCCUGCGUGCAGGUUGUCCGUGCCCACGAGGGCUCUGUGACAGGGCUGAGCCUCCAUGCCACGGGUGAUUACCUCCUCAGCUCAUCCGAUGACCAGUACUGGGCGUUCUCUGACAUCCAGACGGGCCGUGUCCUCACCAAGGUGACUGAUGAGAGCUCUGGCUGUGCUCUCACCUGCGCCCAGUUCCACCCCGAUGGGCUCAUUUUUGGAACAGGGACGAUGGAUUCUCAGAUCAAGAUCUGGGAUCUGAAGGAACGUACCAACGUGGCCAACUUCCCAGGCCACUCAGGUCCCAUCACCAGCAUCGCCUUCUCGGAGAACGGCUACUACUUGGCCACAGCAGCUGAUGACUCCUCUGUCAAGCUCUGGGAUUUGAGGAAACUCAAGAAUUUCAAGACUUUGCAGCUGGACAAUAACUUUGAGGUCAAGUCUCUCAUCUUUGACCAGAGUGGCACCUACUUGGCUUUGGGUGGCACUGAUGUCCAGAUCUACAUCUGCAAACAGUGGACAGAAAUCCUCCACUUCACAGAGCACAGUGGCCUGACCACAGGAGUGGCUUUUGGCCACCACGCCAAGUUCAUCGCUUCCACGGGCAUGGACAGGAGCCUGAAAUUCUACAGCCUUUUCAUGAUGGAAAUAAAGAACUAUUCCCUCUAG